GAAAUUCUCCAGAGUUCCCAAAACUGUUGGGGAUCGCCAUGGAACUGUUCCUCCUCUGUAGCGAUGACGCAGAAUCUGAUGUCAGAAUGGUCUCCGAUGAAUGUCUCAAUAAAGUGAUCAAAGCGUUGAUGGAUUCUAGUCUUCCUAGGUUACAACUGGAACUCUACAAAGAGAUUAAAAAAAACGGUGCUUCCCGGAGUUUGCGAGCUGCUCUGUGGAGAUUUGCUGAACUGGCACACCUGGUUAGACCUCAGAAAUGCAGGCCAUACUUUGUGAACCUCCUGCCCUGCUUAACCCGGGUCAGCCGGCGGCCCGAAGAAUCCGUGCAAGAGACCCUGGCGGUGGCGAUGCCCAAAAUCAUGGCGGCUUUUGGCAACUUCGCCAACGACAGUGACAUCAAAGUUUUAUUAAAAGCUUUCAUAGGUAACCUUAACUCCAAUUCUUCAACCAUCCGUCGGACGGCGGCCGCGGCCGCGGUGAGCAUCUGCCAGCAUUCACGAAGGACACAGUAUUUUUACACUCGGUUGCUUCAAGUAUUGCUAGGGCUGUUGUGUCCCAAGGAAGAAGAGCAUCCCAGUGUCUUGAUUCUUGGGGUGCUGCUCACCUUGAGGUACCUGAUCCCGUUGCUGCAGCAGGAGGUGAAGGACACCAGCCUGAAGGGCAGCUUUGGGGUGAUCCAGAAAGAAACCGAGAUUUCGCCUUCCUUGGAUCAACUCAUACAGGUAUCGAUUCGCUCAAGAGCCCCCCGUAGCACAGUGGUUAGAAGGUGGUAUUGCAGGCUGACUCUGCUCACUGCCAGCAGUUCGAUCCUGACUGUCUCAAGGUUGACUCAGCCUUCCGUCCUUCCAAGAUGGGUAAAACCCAGAUUGUUGGGGGAGCAAGAGCUGACUCUAUAAACCUCUUGGAGAGGCCAUAGGGCACUCUGAAGCAGCAUAUAAGAAUUGAUUUCUGGAAGUGGGUCUUCCUGCAGCCCUGUUUUUGCCAGAAAACAAAAAGCCAAAGUACUUUCAGGAGAAGAAAGUCUGGAAGAUGAUUCUGAAGCCAAAUCUGAAACCAGCCAGAUGGGCUUUGCAGGGUCUGUGAAAAGCGAGCUAAACAGUGAAUUGACAUCCACGUCGGGCAUCUCUCCUGUGGCCAGCUCGGCCUCUGACCCUCCGGUUUGUGACAUCAUCACGGAGCAACCCCGUUCUCAGCACAUCUUGCAGUCCGAGUCCGAGAUCUCUGCUUGUGAUUUGACAGGCGCGACCCCGAAAGCCGAUACGGAUGACGACAUCCUGAGCAGGAGCUCCAGCCAGAUCAGCGCCAUCCAGUCCGACGUGAACGACGGCACCUCGUCGCCCAUCAGCGACAGCUCUCAGACCACCACAGAAGGGCCGGACUCGGCUGUGACCCCGUCCGAUUUCUCUGAAAUGAUUCUAGAAGGUGGGGAGAACCAAUACUCUGGAAUGCAAAUUGGACAGCUGCAGGAGGAGGAAGACGAAACGACAAGCAUUCUACACGAGGCGAUGGAUCCGUUCCGAAAUUCGUGCCUUGAGCUUCAGCGAUCCCAUUUAGCAAAAAGUGUGAGCCACAGGAGGGAGCCUUCCAAUGGCAGCAUGGAGAAGUUUGGGCCUAAGGAAGAAACUGAGCUAGAUGACCAUGGAAGUAAGCUUUCCAGAAUGAAAGGUGAUAUCGGGGGCUACAAGGACGGAAGUGCUGCGCCGUUAGUCCACUGCGUUCGCCUCCUGUCGGCCUCUUUUCUGCUCACGGGAGAGAAAGGGGCUCUGGUGCCGGAUAAAGACGUCAGGGUCAGCGUGAAAGCCUUGGCCAUCAGUUGCGUGGGGGCAGCCGUGGCCUUGCACCCGGAAGCUUUCUUCAGCAAACUCUACAAAAUGCCCACUGAAAGUAACAAAGAAGAAAGAGAAGAGCAGUCCGUGAAGGACAUUGUGAAUUAUAUCGACCACGGAGACCCCCAGAUCAGAGGGACAACCGCGAUUUUAUGCGGGACCAUUAUUUACUCCAUCCUCGUCCAGUCUUGCUUCAGUGUGGAGAGCUGGCUGGAAAAUAUAAAAGCCUCAACAGAUACGCUGGUGGAGUGUGUCUCCUUGCUCCAAAAGAGCCUGAAAGACGAGUCUUCGGUCACGUGCAAACUGGCUUGCAUAGCUGUGAGGCACUGCAUCAUGAGCUUGUGCGGGAGCAACCAUAGUUCCUUGGGGUUGCAACUACUGGUGGAUCUCCUUCUCUUGAGAAACAGCGCUUACUGGCUGGUUAGGACGGAGCUUCUGGAAACGGUGGCUGAAAUAGAUUUUCGGCUAAUCCAAUUUUUGGAAGAAAGGGACAGCAACCUGCACAGAGGGGAUCAUUAUUACAUGGGGCUGUUAAAACUGCAGGAUCGAGUUCUAAAGGAAGUGGUCAUUUCUCUCCUGGGCGACGAAGACCCCAGAGUGAGGCGUGUGGCCGCAGCUGCUUUAGUAAGGCUGGUUCCAAAGCUGUACUCAAGUUGCGACGCAGGGCAGGCCGAUCCGGUCGUAGCUCUGGCCAAGGAGCAAAGCAGCAUAUACCUGAAGCUUCUGAUGCACGAAACCCCGCCCGCUUCCCAGUUUGCAGUGAGCACCAUCACCAGAACGUACAGAGGAUACAAUCUGGUGCCAAGCCCAGCCGACAUGACGGUGGAGAACAACCUUUCCAGAGUCAUCUCGGCCGUGUCCCACGCGCUGACGACUUCGCCCUCCAGAUCUCUGACGUUUGGCUGCUGCGAAGCAUUGUGUCUUUUGUCCUCAUCCUUUCCGGUUUGCACCUGGAAUGUGGGAUGGCACUGCGGUUUUUCUCACCUGGGAGGCGUGGAAGAGUCUCAGGAGAAGAGCGCAAUGGGGAUGGUUGGCUUGCUGCUGUCUUUCCUUUCCUCUAUUUCCUUCCCUCUGGAUCUCUCUGCCCACCAAGACGCCUUAAUCCUGGCUGGGAAUUUGCUGGCAGCCACUGCCUCCAAAUCUUUGCAAAACCCUUGGACGCAAAACGAGGAUGAAGCCAGCGUUCCUACCACUAAGCAAGAGGAAUCGUGGGCAGCCCUGGCUGAUCGGACGCUUGCCCUGUUAGUCGAUCACCUCUUUUCUCAUUUGCUGAAGAUCAUUAACAUCUGUUCCCACAUACUGGAUGAUGUCGUUCCUGGCCCGACACUAAAGGCAACGUUACCGUCUCUCACCAACCCACCUUCGCUGAGUCCAAUCCGGCGCAAAGCGAAAGAAAAAGAAGUUGCAGAGCAAACCAUGGUAGCCAUAAGCCCUAAAAAGACGAGUGAAAACAGCCCAGCUCCCAGGCCAAGUGACACUUCGAGCUCCGCUCCCCCGAGUAAAUCCUCCUCCACGCUGGGCAACUUCUAUCACCUCCCGUCGUAUCUCAAGCUCUACGACGUCCUGAAGGCGACCUAUGCCAACUAUAAGGUUACACUCGAUCUCCAAAACGUCAAUGAAAAGUUUGGUGCCUUCCUGAGGUCAGCUUUGGACGUUCUGUCUCAGAUCUUAGAACUGGCAACUCUACAAGACAUUGGAAAGUACGUGGAAGAAAUUCUCUGUUACCUGAAAUCCUGUUUCAACAAAGAGCCAGUCAUGGCAACUGUGUGUGUUCAGCAGUUACUCAAGACCUUGUUCGGCACCAACCUGGCCUCGCAGUUUGACAGCUGGUCUUCCAACUCCUGCCGAGCUCAGGGCAAAUGCCAGCGCUUGGGCUCCUCCAGUUUGCGCCCAGGCCUUUACCACUGCUGCUUCAUGGCUCCGUACACACAGUUCACCCAGGCCCUGGCCGAUGCCAGUUUGCGGAAUAUGAUGCAGGCCGAGCAGGAACGCGACACCUCGGGCUGGUUUGACAUAUUGCAAAAAGUUUCCGCGCAGCUGAAAACUGGUACCACGAAUAUGGCCAAGCACCGUGCUGACAAGAAUAUCAUCCACAAUCACAUCCGUCUGUUUGAACCUCUGGUCAUCAAAGCGCUGAAGCAAUACACCACCACCACCUCUGUCCAACUGCAGAGACAAGUCUUGGACCUUCUCGCACAGCUGGUCCAGCUGCGGGUCAACUAUUGUCUUCUGGACUCUGACCAAGUAUUUAUUGGAUUUGUGCUAAAGCAGUUUGAAUACAUUGAAGUCGGCCAAUUCAGGGAAUCAGAAGCCAUUAUUCCUAGCGUCUUUUUCUUCCUGGUGUUGUUGUCGUAUGAGCGCUACCACUCCAAGCAGAUAAUUGGAAUUCCUAAAAUUAUUCAGCUGUGUGAUGGGAUCAUGGCCAGCGGAAGGAAAGCAGUGACACACGCGAUCCCGGCUCUGCAGCCCAUCGUCCAUGACCUCUUCAUCUUAAGAGGAGCUAAUAAAGCUGAUGCCGGGAAAGAACUCGAAACCCAGAAGGAAGUCGUGGUCUCAAUGUUGUUGAGGCUGAUCCAGUAUCACCAGGUGCUGGAGAUGUUCAUCCUUGUGCUGCAACAGUGCCACCGAGAGAACGAAGAGAAGUGGAAGAGGCUGUCACGGCAGGUAGCCGACAUCAUCCUGCCGAUGCUGGCCAAACAACAGAUGCAGAUAGAUUCCCAUGAAGCCCUGGGGAUAUUGAACACUCUGUUUGAGAUCCUGGCUCCUUCCGCCCUGCGCCCAGUGGACAUGCUGCUGAGGAGCAUGUUUGUGACGCCCAACACCAUGGCUUCCGUGAGCACCGUUCAGUUAUGGGUCUCUGGCAUUCUCGCAAUCCUUCGGGUCUUGAUUUCCCAGUCGACCGAAGACAUUGUCCUCUCCCGCAUUCAGGAGCUCUCCUUUUCCCCACACCUAAUCUCUUGUCAAACGAUCCAUCGGCUGCGGAACGGCGGAAAUAAGAUUCCUCCCACUCAGGAGAUCCCCAUGGACGAGCAGGAUCGGCUCCUGCCUGAGGAGACCUUUUCUAGAUUCCUAAUGCAGCUGGUGGGGAUUCUUCUGGAAGAUAUCUCCAGCAAACAAUUGAACGUGGAGAUGAGCGAACAGCAACACACCUUCUACUGCCAGGAACUGGGCACCCUUCUCAUGUGCUUAAUUCAUACCUUCAAAUCAGGGAUGUUCCGAAGAAUCACAGUGGCAGCUACCAAGCUUUUUACCGAGAGUGGACCACACGGUCCUCAUUUCUACACCCUCGAAAGACUGAAUGAUCUUGUCAAGUCCAUGAUAGCCACCCACCCAUCCCUGGUUCUCCUCUGGUGUCAAAUCUUGCUGCUGGUUAACUACACCAGUCCCUGCUGGUGGUCUGAAGUUCAUCAGACCCCCAAAAGGCAGAGUCUCUCAAGUGCUAAAUUGCUCAGCCCUCAACCCAGCGGAGAUCCCCACGAUGAAGACGGGGGCUCCAAACUUAGCAUCUGCAAUCGCGAGAUCGUGCGGAAAGGAUCCCUCAUCCUUUUCUGUGACUACGUGUGCCAAAACCUGCACGACUCCGAGCACUUGACCUGGCUGACCGUAAAUCAUGUCCAAGAACUCAUCAGCCUGUCUCAUGAACCUCCCGUCCAGGAUUUCAUCAGUGCCAUUCACCGAAACUCGGCAGCGAGUGGCCUUUUCAUCCAGGCGAUUCAGUCCCGCUGUGAGAAUUUUGCCUCCCCGACAGCAGUGAAGAAGACCCUGCAGUGUUUGGAGGGCAUCCAUCUGAGCCAGUCAGGGGCUGUGCUGGUCUUGUAUGUGGACAAGCUUCUCUCAACUCCCUUCCGUGUGCUGGCUCACAUGGUGGACACCCUGGCUUGCCGUCGUGUGGAAAUGCUUCUAGCGGCAUCUGUACAGAACAGCACGGCUCAGUUGCCAGUUGAAGAGCUGGACCGAAUCCAGGAAUAUCUGCAGAAUGCCGGAUUAGCCCACAGACAUCAAAGACUCUACUCACUCUUGGACCGGUUUCGUCUAACGGUGGCUCCGGAAACCAUUAGCCCUUCACCUUUGGUUACGGCCCACCCCCUGGAUGGGGGGAAUCACCCUGCUCUAGAAACUUUAAUUCCAGACAAAGAUUGGUUUUGUUCACUCGUGAGGUCCCAGUGCUACACAAAAUCAGCUUUUGCUCUUCCGGAAGGUGCCGAAUUGAUGUAUCGGCUUCCUGAGCAGGAAUUGUUGCCUUUCAUGAUGCAUCAGGAUUUCAACAUCAGCCUCCUCGCCCCGUGUUUGAGCCUGGGUGGGCAGGAACUGUCCCGAGGGCUGAGGAGCCAUUUUGAAGCCGCCCGCCUGGUCACGCUGCACCACGUGACAGAAGUGGUGAACAAGCUACCCACCGGCCAUCAAGUCUUCCAGCCGAUGCAGCCGAUGGGAUCGUCCCCGUACUGGAACAAACUCAGCAAUAUUUAUGGAGACCCAGAAAUGUUUCAAUUCACAAUGGUUUUGGCUCAGGCUUUAAGUCAGUAUCUGGUGUUGCUUUCCAAACUGCCAGCUUCUCUGCGCAUCCCUCCGGAGAAGGAAAAUGACAUUGUGAAGUUCAUUGUGAUGCUGCUAGAGAUCCUCUCUUGGCACUUAGCACGCAAGCAGGUGCCCCUAAGUAUGGAUCUCCAGGCUGUGCUGGAUUGCUGUUGUCUGGCAUUGCAACAGACGGAGCUGUGGAAUCUCUGGGCCUCCACAGAGAACUCCAGCCAGGCCGCCUCGCUCAUCCAUUGCACCCGAUUCAUCCUGGUAGCAGUGGCCAUUGAACCGGGAAAUCGCCUCCUGAGUCCAGAGAAAAGGAAAAAGAUUCAGAAGGCAGCCAGUGAGAACGAAAAGAGUUCACAAACACCAAAUUCUGAGAACAUUACAGCAACUUGUGAAGUGGUAGCUGAGUUGGUGGAAUGCCUGCAGUCUGUCUUGGCUCUGGGGCACAAGAAGAACAGUCCUAUCCCCGCAUUCCUGACCCCUGUUUUGAGGAACAUCAUCAUCAGCCUGUCCCGGCUGCCACUAGUCAACAGCUACGCCCGGGUUCCCCUCCUGGUCUGGAAAUUGGGCUGGUCCCCCAAGCCGACAGGUGAAUUUGGCACGACAUUUCCCGAAAUUCCUGUGGAAUUUCUCCAAGAGAGAGAAAUCUUCAAAGAAUUUAUCUACCGAAUUAACACCCUGGGGUGGACAAACCGCAUGCAGUUUGAGGAAACCUGGGCCAGCCUCCUGGGAGUUCUUGUGACCCAGCCGAUCGUCAUGGAUCAGGAGGAAAACCAGCAAGAGGAAGACAUGGAAAGAACCCAGAUCAACGUUCUGGCUGUUCAGGCAAUCACCUCCUUGGUGCUGAGCGCAAUGACCAUCCCGCUGGCCGGCAAUCCAGCCGUGAGCUGUUUGGAGCAGCAGCCUCGAAACAAAACCUUGAAAGCUCUUGACACCAGGUUUGGGAGAAAAUUGAACAUUAUCCGAGGAAUUGUCGAGCAAGAGAUCCAAGAAAUGGCCUCUAAGAGAGACAACGUUGCUUGCCAUCACUUAUACCAGGUGUGGGACCCUGUUCCCUCCCUGGCUCCCUCUACUACAGGUGCCCUCAUCAGCCACGAGAAGCUGCUGCUGCAGAUCAAUACAGAGCGUGAAAUGGGGAAUAUGCGAUACAAACUAGGACAGGUCUCCAUCCAUUCCGUGUGGUUGGGAAAUAGCAUUACCCCAUUGCGGGAAGAAGAAUGGGGCGAAGAUGAAGAUGAUGAGAGCGACAUGCCUGCCCUUACUUCUCCUCCCUCCUCACCCGUCAAUUCCAGGAAGCAUCGUGCUGGGGUAGACAUUCAUUCGUGUUCUCAGUUCCUGCUGGAAUUAUACAGUCAAUGGAUUCUGCCGUCCAGCCCAAACAAGAAGACACCAGUUACCCUGAUCAGCGAAGUGGUCCGAUCUCUUUUAGCUGUCUCUGACUUAUUCACGGAAAGAAAUCAGUUUGAAAUGAUGUACACAACCUUAACUGAACUGCGGAAAGUGCAUCCAUCGGAAGACGAGAUCCUUCUUCAGUAUUUGGUCCCUGCUAUAUGCAAAGCAGCAGCUGUCCUUGGCAUGGAUAAAGCUGUGGCAGAACCCGUCAGCCGCCUGCUCGAAUCGACGCUCCGCAGCACGCACAUGCCGAGCCGAAUUGGCGCGCUGCACGGCAUCCUGUACAUUUUGGAGUGCGAUCUCCUGGACGAGACGGCAAAGCAACUGAUUCCAGUCAUCACCGAAUACCUGCUGUCCAAUCUGCGUGGCGUAGCCCACUGUGUGAACCUCCACAACCAGCAACACAUCUUGGUCAUGUGCGCAGUGGCCUUCUACUUAAUCGAAAAUUACCCUGCUGACGUUGGACCCGAAUUUUCUUCAGGAAUUAUUCAGAUGUGUGGACUGAUGCUAUCCGAAAACGAGGGAUCCACUCCGUCGGUCAUCUACCACUGUGUGCUGAGGGGUCUGGAAAGGCUCCUGCUUUCGGAGCAGCUCUCCCAGCCGGACUGCGAAGCGCUGGUGAAGCUGAGUGUGGACCGCGUGAAUGUCCUCAGUCCUCACAGAGCCAUGGCUGCCUUGGGGCUCAUGCUGAGCUGCAUGUACACAGGAAAAGAGAAAGUCAGUCCCGGACGAAGCUCAGAUCCUCAGUCGGCAGCUCCGGAUAGCGAAUCGGUCAUCGUGGCAAUGGAGCGAAUAUCUGUCCUCUUUGACCGGGUCCGGAAAGGAUUCCCCUUUGAAGCCCGGGUGGUAACGCGGAUCCUCCCUCAGUUCCUGGAUGACUUUUUCCCUCCGCAAGACGUGAUGAAUAAAGUGAUUGGAGAAUUUUUAUCCAACCAGCAACCCUACCCACAAUUUAUGGCGAAAGUGCUGUACAAGGUCUUCCAGUCCUUGCAUACAACAGGACAGUCCUCCAUGGUCCGGGACUGGGUGAUGUUGUCGCUCUCCAACUUCACACAACGGACGCCAAUCGCCAUGGCGAUGUGGAGCCUUUCCUGUUUCUUCGUCAGCGCUUCCACCAGCCACUGGAUUUCAGGAAUUCUCCCGCAUAUUAUCAGCCGAAUGGGAAAAUCAGAACAAGUCGACCUCAAUUUGUUCUGCCUGGUGGCCAUCGAUUUUUACCGGCAUCAGAUCGACGAGGAAUUGGAUCGCCGAGCCUUUCAGUCGAUCUUCGAAGUGGUCUCUUCCCCGGGAAAUCCGUACCAUCGUUUGCUGACCUGCUUACAGAGCGUUCACAAGAUCACCCCGUGUUGAAAAACAAAACAAAAAAGAGGGCAGGGGAAGUACGGAAAAGCCUGGAAAAGUUGAACCUUCAACGCCACGGAGCUCCCCCCCCCCCCAUCCCCUGCCAUCGUUUUUUUCCCUUUUUCCCAACCCAAAUUACUCCGUAGUAGGUUACGGUGGCUGGGCCAUGCACCACAACUUCUGGGUAUUUGGGAAGGGGAAAAAAGAGAGAGAGAUGGAUGCAAAACAAAUAGCUCAUCCUGGCUUCAUUUUAUAUAUUGUCCAUGCUGAACCUCGUGAAUUCUGCAGUAUCGGCUCCACAGGCAUUUAAAAAGCCUUUAGUUUCAUCUAGCUACAAGAGUUCUGUUGCAAUUUGUCGUACUUUCCUAAUGUGACUGAGAGAAAAAAAGGGAAAAAGACUUGUAAACACACUGAAAAUUCAUACACACACACACACACUCCAAUGUAUUUUGAUGUAUUAAAAGUGGGGAAAUUAGACCUAUGAAGAGAUAGUUUUCUUUUAUAACUCUAAGAUUUCAAAGUCGGAUCGAUUCCUGGGUUUUAAAAAUAGCCAAUGUGUAAAUAGUUCUAAAACGGUGUAUAAUAUGUUAAGAGAACAGGAAAGGCGUGGAGGCUGGGGAAGCACUUAACAUGGUUAAAAAAGAAAUAUUUGCCCCGUAUGUUGAAUAUAGCGCAUUGACUGUUUUCCUAUCAUAUGUCCUUUAGGUCUAUUUUUUUAAUGCACUCUCGGCUCGCCUUUUAAACUCUCUUUUUUUUCAUCUUUUGUAUGCUGCUCGUUGAAAAAGUUUAAAAUAUAGCGAUGAGUUUAAGUUUUGGACCUUUUAAAAAAAAAAAAGAGAGGAUUUGGAUUUACUGGGUAAGCAAUUGGGGAAGGGGAGGAGGAAAGGACCUGGACACUCCGUGAAACCCUUUGAAGGGUGAACAUGUUAGGAAAUCCCCUCCAUACCAUCAGAGGCAUUUUGGAAGGAAUCAAGCAGUUGCUUCCGAUUAAGGAAACUUCCCCAAAGCAACCGAGAAAAAAUAAUAAUCCUGAUUCUUGUGACCUUCGGUGACUCUUUAGAGAGGAUUUGGAAAACUAGACAAAUAUUAUCUUAGGGAGGGGCAGCAGUUCAGGAUCUGUAGUUCAAAACUGGACAGACUCGAUCACAAAAGCUGGCAAGGACACGGCCCUUGUUUCUCUCUCACACACUCACACAAAUGCCCAACUUCAAUCCCACACUCCCUGCUUUCUCUGCAUGACUUUGGUUUCACAGUCCCCUUUUUAAAAAAAAAAUUCUGGUGUUUCGGGGGGGGGGUGGCUGCUUUCCUCUCUCCCCUCGCCUACCGAAAUGUGACCGACCCUUCCCCUCUUUCCCAGAUCCAAAGGGGAUCCUUUUUCGGAUCCCUCCAUCAGGGAAAUCAGCCGGCAAGAGGCUGAGCUGGCCCCGGGCAAAGCAGGGCUCACCUCAAAAGGCCUUUUUGUUCUCUGCCCAGCAAGGGUGCCAACUGUGAAGGCCGCCCGGGGGCAAUCCGAGAGGAAAAUGGGGCUUCUUCCAGCCCCACAGAAGCUCUUCCAAACCUUUUCCUCCCCAGCCCAAUCGGGCCUCUGGUGCACGCCC